AUGGGUGGCCACCACAGCAAAAAGAAAAAGAGCGUCAAUCUUAACUUAGAAUGAUGCAAAAUUGCAGUUGUUGAUGACAUGUUUUACAAUGUCAAAGACCCAAUUCAGAAUCUCCACAAUGUUUCUAAGUCGCUUAAAAGAGCUAUAAAGUACUUCACGAGAGCUACAGGAGCUCAUGUGAUAAAGCAUCAAACUCUUAGUGAUGCGAUCACAAUGAUGCUUUAUUGUUUUUCAGCUUCAACUGAUGGGGAUUUUGAAAAAAUUCAUCUGAGGCUUGUUGACUAUAAACCGUAUAUUGAAGUAGAUAAACAAGGUUUAAAGAGCGAUCAUUAUUCAAUCGUCGACAGAUGGAACGAUCUUGUUGAAACCUUAGAAACGGCACCUAACAGACUUGAAGAACUGAGACCUCAACUUAAUGAUAUCAUUGAAAGAAUCCCAAACUUCCCUGAAGAGGCUAAAAGCGGCAUGGAAAGUCUUGGUCCUAUGGACAAACUAAAAGCCACUAAAUGUAUAGCGGUUAAUUGCAGCAGGUUAUCUGGGGUAAAAAAGGUCUUGGAAGAAACUAAAGAAGUUAUCGAAAAUUUGAACACUGCCAUUAAAGGACUCUCAGAAAGAUUUGCUACUGAAGAAAUGGCAAAAACCCAUGUUGUAGGCAAAGCAGCUUUUGCGGCAAAUACUUUUGAGCCAAUCAAAAUUUGUGCGAAGUUCUGGACUGAUAAAAAGAAAGUCGACUUAAAGCUCGAUAAAAAGAAAAAGAAAUCCAAGCAUUAA